AUGCCUAAUACAGAAAACGAAAGUGUCAAUGCUGGCGCUCCGAUAGAAUCGCAGUUGUCCCAUCUUUCGGUGAAAAUACCGCUGCUGUGGAGGAAGAAUAUAACAUUAUGGUUCAUCCAAGUAGAAAGCAAUUUCGCUCUAGCAAAAAUAACUAAUGACCUUACAAAAUACAAUUAUUUGAUUGCGUCUGUUGAUCCGGAAACUUUAUCUGCGGUACCUGAUAUUUUACUCUCACCCUCCGACACCAAUAAAUAUGAUGCGUUAAAGGCUGGACUUAUAACAGAAUUUUCCGCUUCGGAAAAUGAACAGAUCCGUCGACUGCUUUCUGAACCACAUUUAGGCGCCGAUAAACCAUCGCAGUAA